AGGGGUAACGGAUGUUGUAGUCUCGCCGCCCUUCGGGCUGGUCCAGCAACCCGCAGGAUGUCGGAGGUGCGGCUGCCACCGCUGCGCGCCCUAGACGACUUUGUUUUGGGGUCUGCGCGUCUGGCGGCUCCUGAUCCAGGCGAUCCACAACGAUGGUGUCACCGCGUCAUCAACAAUCUCCUCUACUACCAAACUAAUUACCUUCUCUGCUUCGGCAUCAGUCUCGCUCUGGCCGGGUACAUUCGUCCACUGCACACCCUCCUGAGUGCACUGGUAGUGGUAGUGGCGCUCGGUGUGCUAGUGUGGGCUGCUGAAACCCAUGCAGCUGUGCGCCGCUGCCGUCGCAGCCACCCUGCUGCCUGCCUGGCUGCAGUGCUUGCCAUAAGCCUCCUCAUUCUCGGGGCCGUGGGCGGCACUUUCACCUUCCUGCUCUGCAUCACAACCCCGGUGAUUUUGAUCCUGCUGCAUGCUUCACUGCGCCUGAGAAACCUUAAAAACAAGAUUGAGAACAAGAUCGAGAGCAUUGGUCUAAAGCGGACGCCAAUGGGGCUGCUCCUAGAGGCACUGGGACAAGAGCAGGAAGCUGGAUCCUAGGACCCUGGAUUCUACAUCCUGGAUCUAGACGCCCCCCACCCCCCACCCCAUACCCAAGAUGGACCCUUUUCUCAGCCAUUAAAAUAGGAGCCUAGAGUCCUCUGGCCUGCAAAAAAAUAAAAGACACCUGUGACUGCUUACUCCAACCCUAAACUAGUCAUCUCUUACCCCCCAGCCCGUUACCUAGGGACUGAAGUCUUCAGUCCUGAUUUUGAGACUCAGUAACCUACAUCGAGCCUUGAAACUGGGUUUUUUUAAGCCAGAGCAUCCAUAGCCAAUCUCAAAACUGGACCAAGAGAUCCAUAGCCAAUCUCAAAACUGGACCCUCCCCCCAUCUGGCUUGGAACCCAGGUUAAGACGUGGCCAAAUCUUGAGCUUAAAUCCCAAGUGUACUCAGUCCUCACCCCAUUGAACCCAGAUGACCCUAACCCUCCCCAGACCCAAUAGCCUCCCUCUAACUCUAUGUAGAGGUUUUCUCCCUUCCCCACAAUGUUCCUAGUAUUGAGGACCAAGGUAUGGGGCUAGCUAGCAAUAGUCCCCGCUGGCAAUGGAGCACAUGUAUUAGUGUUCCUGCAACAAUAAAGCCGGUGAA